AUGCCGAAAUGGGAAGAACGUGACCAGGAAGACUUUCAAAGGCAUCACACUCUCGGCCUACAGGGUGAGCGCUUUACAACAAACGAGACACUGCAGACGAUCCUUGGUAUAGUAGAUGCUUUUGAAAAAGCUUCUGGGCCGGCCCAAUACAGAGCAGAGGCGAGACGAAUGGAGAAAUGGAUUCUGGAAAUGGAAGACGUGACGCUUGCAGGAGAUGAACAACAAGGUGUGGCCAGUACUCAGAUCGUCCCACGGCUAACGCAGUUUCUCUCGCCCCAGAACCAGGCCGUUCGACGUCGAGGAGAGCUGCCAGGCUAUAUUGAAGAAGAGCUGACGGUACUUCAACGUAAGUGGGGUAGGGGUGAUUUCUUGGGAGCUAUUAGGCGUGGCAUUGUUGCUGUGGACACGUUUGAUCGAAAUGGUAUCAGACGAUCAAUUCGAUAUGAACUCGACAGGACGUACGGGUUCCUCGUUGACGCCAAAUACUUCGGAGCUGGAGAUUUGGUCAAUGGCCAAAUCUGGAUGUCGAGGCUCGAGCUCAGAAGGGAUGGAGUGCAUGCGCCUCCCAUCGCAGGUAUCAGUGGCACUAUCGCAGGUGGUGCAAGGUCGAUCGUCCUCGGCGAAUUCGACGAGUCCAAAAACAAAGGUUAUGCUGACAUCGACAUGGGCGAGGUCAUUGAGUACAUGGGCACUGCCCUUCCCGACAAAGCAGAUUCGGGAGAAACUAACACUGAAGAUCCGCACAUGCACAAUCCUGGCUCUUGGAAUCCUGUUCGAGACCCAACCGCAGCUACACAAGCCAUGAUGAGGUCUUUCGAUACCCAAAUCCCUGUGCGCGUGAUUCGAUCUUGCAAUAUGCAUAGUAUCGUUUCUAAUAAACCAAGCAAGGGCUACCGGUACGAUGGACUCUACAAGGUCGUUGGCAAGACACCCAUGAAGGAAGAGAGGCAAAUUUGGAGCUUUCGGCUCCAGAGACUUCAUGACCAGGGAUAUCUUCGAGGGUUUCAAAGAGGUGAACCUCAGCCGGACUCUAGCGGAAGGCGACGAGGUCACUACUACCAGGGUCGAUAG